CGCGGCCGCCAGAGCCGGCGCAGGGGAAGCGCCGCGGCCCCGGCAGCAGCAGCGGCCGCCUCCUCCAACGUCUCCUGGGCCCGCAGCCCGCGGUCCCGCGGCCCCGGGGCCGGCACCUCUCGGGCUCCGGCUCCCCGCGCGCAAGAUGGCUGACCCGGCUGCGGGGCCGCCGCCGAGCGAGGGCGAGGAGAGCACUGUGCGCUUCGCCCGCAAAGGCGCUCUCCGGCAGAAGAACGUGCACGAGGUGAAGAACCACAAAUUCACCGCCCGCUUCUUCAAGCAGCCCACCUUCUGCAGCCACUGCACCGACUUCAUCUGGGGCUUCGGGAAGCAGGGAUUCCAGUGUCAAGUUUGCUGCUUUGUUGUGCACAAGCGGUGCCAUGAAUUUGUCACAUUCUCCUGCCCUGGCGCUGACAAGGGCCCAGCCUCUGAUGACCCCCGGAGCAAACAUAAGUUUAAGAUCCACACAUACUCCAGCCCCACGUUUUGUGACCACUGUGGUUCACUGCUGUAUGGACUCAUCCACCAGGGGAUGAAAUGUGACACCUGCAUGAUGAACGUCCACAAGCGCUGUGUGAUGAACGUCCCCAGCCUCUGUGGCACAGACCACACGGAGCGCCGUGGCCGCAUCUACAUCCAGGCCCACAUCGACAGGGAGGUCCUCAUCGUCGUUGUAAGAGAUGCUAAAAACCUUGUACCCAUGGACCCCAAUGGCUUGUCAGAUCCCUACGUAAAACUGAAACUGAUUCCUGACCCCAAAAGUGAGAGCAAGCAGAAGACCAAAACCAUCAAGUGCUCCCUCAACCCUGAGUGGAAUGAGACAUUUAGAUUUCAACUGAAAGAAUCAGAUAAAGACAGGAGACUGUCCGUAGAGAUUUGGGAUUGGGAUCUGACCAGCAGGAAUGACUUCAUGGGAUCUCUGUCAUUUGGCAUUUCUGAACUGCAGAAAGCCGGUGUCGAUGGCUGGUUUAAGUUACUGAGCCAGGAGGAAGGUGAAUACUUCAAUGUCCCCGUGCCGCCAGAAGGAAGUGAGGGGAAUGAGGAACUGAGGCAGAAAUUUGAGAGGGCCAAGAUCGGCCAGGGAACCAAGGUUCCAGAAGAAAAGACGACCAACACCAUAUCCAAGUUUGACAACAAUGGCAACAGGGACCGGAUGAAACUGACUGAUUUUAACUUCCUGAUGGUGCUGGGGAAAGGCAGCUUUGGCAAGGUCAUGCUCUCGGAGCGGAAAGGCACAGAUGAACUCUACGCCGUGAAGAUCCUGAAGAAGGACGUCGUGAUCCAAGAUGACGACGUGGAGUGCACCAUGGUGGAGAAGCGGGUGCUGGCCCUGCCUGGGAAGCCGCCCUUCCUCACCCAGCUCCACUCCUGCUUCCAGACCAUGGACCGCCUGUACUUCGUGAUGGAGUAUGUGAACGGAGGUGACCUCAUGUACCACAUCCAGCAAGUCGGCCGGUUUAAAGAGCCUCAUGCUGUAUUUUACGCUGCAGAAAUUGCCAUCGGUCUAUUCUUCUUACAGAGCAAGGGCAUCAUUUACCGUGACCUAAAACUUGACAAUGUGAUGCUGGAUUCUGAGGGGCACAUCAAGAUCGCUGACUUUGGCAUGUGUAAGGAAAACAUCUGGGAUGGGGUGACAACUAAGACGUUCUGUGGCACUCCAGACUACAUCGCCCCUGAGAUAAUUGCUUAUCAGCCCUAUGGGAAGUCCGUGGAUUGGUGGGCAUUUGGAGUCCUGCUGUAUGAAAUGUUGGCUGGACAGGCGCCCUUCGAAGGGGAGGAUGAGGAUGAACUCUUUCAGUCCAUCAUGGAACACAACGUGGCUUAUCCAAAGUCCAUGUCCAAGGAGGCUGUGGCCAUAUGCAAAGGGCUGAUGACCAAACACCCAGGCAAACGUCUGGGUUGUGGCCCUGAAGGUGAACGUGACAUCAAAGAGCAUGCGUUUUUCCGGUAUAUUGAUUGGGAGAAACUUGAACGCAAAGAGAUUCAGCCCCCAUAUAAGCCAAAAGCUUGUGGGCGAAAUGCUGAAAACUUCGACCGAUUUUUCACCCGCCAUCCACCAGUCCUAACACCUCCUGACCAGGAAGUCAUCAGGAAUAUUGACCAAUCAGAAUUCGAAGGAUUUUCCUUUGUUAACUCUGAAUUUUUAAAACCUGAAGUCAAGAGCUAAGUAGAUGUGUAGAUCUCCGUCCUUCAUUUCUGUCAUUCAAGCUCAACGGCUAUUGUGGUGACAUUUAUUUUAUUUUUUUUCAUUGCCAAGUCGCAUCCAUGUUUGAUUUUCUGAUGAGACUAAAGUGACCGUGUUUCAGGACCCAAAUGUCCUCAGGUAGUUUGGAGCCUCUCUACAAGAUGGGAUUAUGCAGAUGGCGUAUGGAAAAUGCUGCUGCAUAAUUAACACCUUAUCAAAGUCCUCUUAACAAUUCAUUUCCUGCAGCAUGUCAGCUAAGUAGACCCAGUGGGGAACGAAAAUGCCUGCUUUCUUCCCCUCUUUCCCUGCACUGCCGUUUUCCCCCCAACCAUCCCAUCUAGAUCCUUCCUACCAAAUACGUGGGUAAUCGAAUGCUAGCAGUGUUCUUCCACGUCCGGCCUGGAGCGUGGCUUGUACCCAAGUAUAUGGUUGCUUUGGCCUAGAGGGGUCCUUCUCUUCUAUCUCUUCUGGAGACAUCAGAGCCUGGAAAAGAACAUGCUCCUAAUAAAAUCUUAUCUGUUUUUCUUUUUUAACUCAAAACUAAGAAGAUCAUCUACGUUCUAAAAUUCCAAGAGUGUGCUUCUAGAUAAUUUCCAUCUAAAAGCACUUCAGGGGGUCAAAAGGCAACCGGCUUGGGUGCUAUCUCGGUGUUGUAAUUUCUGACACUAUAUGUCUCUGGUCACCUUCAUUCCCAAACUACUGAAAGAGGGCAUUUGGCACGGCUCCCUGAAAGACACGGUCACUCUAGCAAGGUCCCGAAGGGCCAUGGUUUUACAUGACAUUUCAAACUUUAUUUGCUUUGGGAUUUUGUUUCUGUUGUUCAAAUGCAAAAAAAA